CGACAGGGCCAGUUCGACAGCGUCCCCCUGCCCGAUGGCGUCGUCCUGAGGAACACCUUCCUCGACGUCCCCGACAGCCCGCGGGGCGGCUCGGGCGGCGAAGGCGAGCAUAAGGCCCGCUUCCGCACCUGCCCGGAGCUGAACAGGGAGGAGCCCCCGUCGCCGGAGUCAGGGGCGGACAUCGAGCCGACCGCGCCGGAGGGGCCCGAGCCGGCCGCGGCGCCGCCGCCAGUGCUGCUCGGCUCCGCGGGAGCGCCACGCUUGGCGCUCCCGGAGGGGCUCGUCCGCGGCGCCACCGUCAAGAACGGCUUCGUCCACAUGGCGGACGAGGAUGCCUGCGCCGGCUCGCCGUUCGGUGGCAAGGUGAAGUCCAAGACGUGGCAGGCUGCCGACUGCCCUCCCAGUCCCUUCGAGGAUAGCGACGAAGAGUUGGAGUCGACCCCCUGCGUCCAAGACAUGCCGUCCCCUGCUUGCGACGACGACACUCCCAGGUCAGUGAGGUCCAUGUGGCGCAACUACCCCACGCAGGAUCUCCAAGAGGACGCCUGGGGCAACGACGGCUACAGCGUCCACGGCUUCGUCGGCGGGCGGCACUGGGAGCCGCCGCCGCCGUCCAUGGAGCAGGCCAUGUCGAUGGCGCAGGGGGCGCUCGGCGCGAUCGAGGCCGCGGAGCGGGGGCAGGGCCAGCCGCCGGAGGCCGCAGAGCCGGGGCGAGGCUUUGCGACGGUCAGCCUUUACGGCAACAUCCAGCAGAGCCCAACCGAGAAGGAAACCCAGCUUCUCCUGUCGCCUUGCCGCCGUACCAGUUGGAGCAGCCGUCCUCAGAGCUUGCGACGCAGUGGGCGGCGGCUGUCGCCAUGA